CUUUAUGAAUGUAAAAUGUGUCCCACAAAUGCGUGAUAGAAAGAAAAAAAGUGAGUGCUGGUAUUAUGGACAAUAUCUUUUGAACGGUAAUGCCUAGAAUCAAGCCGUUUUCUCUGAGGAAAAGAGGGAAACUUGGCUAGUACGUUAAUUACAGAACCUGUCUAUGAAAUGCAGUGGGAAAAGUGUGAGGGUUGAGUGAGACUACAAAUUCAAAAGCGUUCCUAUACUCAAGGGAGAGAAAAACAUAGCUCGACUGUUGUUUUACUAUUAAACUUAAUGCUGCUGCUGUUUUUUAUUUUUUAUUUAAGCAGCUUGUGUUUCUUAACCAGGCAAAGGGUAUCUAACUAGAAGGCUGGUGGUGACUGGUUAGUUACGUUGAAUAUGUGUAUGAUUGGAGGUGGAGCGGAGCCUAUCAGCCUGUCUGACCACCCACACUCAUCGCUUGCUCCCCCGCAGCUGACAAGCUGAUGUAGGCUAGGCUGGUCCUUCAUACUGCUUAACAGAACUGCGCUGUGAUUCUGUGCUGCCAAUAUUAAUUGUGCUCAUCACUCAAAGCUCUCAAUCUCUCCAAAAACUCUUGUCCAGUCCAUUUAGUAGUGAGAUUUUAGUCACAUAUAAUUUAAUUUUGUCUCAUUUUAUUCAACUGAAAUAUAUUUGUUUCUGGGUCUAUUUAGUCAUUUAUAGUCUCGUCAAUUGCCAUUGAAAAUAGGUGUGUGAUUAAUAUUUGAGUCACUAUUAUUGUUGACGAAGUGAACACUGACUCAAAUUGUAAGGGAUCUCGUCCUCCUCUUCUGAGGAGGAGAAGCGAGAAGGAUCGGAGGACCAAAACGCAGCGUGGCAAGUGUCCAUAAUGUUUAUUUUAAAACAUAAACUGAACACUACGAAAUACAAAACAAUAAAUGUGAAAAUGAACGAAACAGUCCCGUGUGGCGACAAACACUGACACGGAAGACAAACACAACCCAAAAGUGAAACCCAGGCUAACUAAGUAUGAUUCUCAAUCAGGGACAACAAUUGACAGCUGCCUCUGAUUGAGAACCAUACUAGGCCGAACUCAAAAACCAACAUAGAAAAACAAACAUAGACUGCCCACCCAACUCACGCCCUGACCAUACUAAAACAAAGAUUAAAUAACAGAACUAAGGUCAGAACGUGACACAAAUAAGGAUAAGGAAAUAUUGAUUAGACUAUAAGAUGUGACAAUGAUAUUAGCUUAGUUACGCUUUCAAGAGGGUGCAAGUGGGAUAUGAGUUUAGAAUGCAGGUGGAUAUCUUUAAGCUCUCACUCUGUUUAGACUCGCCACUUUGUGGACCACCGCAAUGUGAAGCUACUGACUGGAGCAGGUGGGAAAGGGGCCUGCACCUUCCAUAGUGAGCCCUGGAAAGUGUGGGGUGGACCGGACAGAGGGAAUGGAGGAGAUGGUGGGAACAUCAUCAAAAAUCAACGCUGUGGAGGAAGGUUUCGGAUGCUUACAUCAAGCCCUAUUUCCGUCUCUGUUACUUGCGUGACUCCAGACGAACGACAGGUCAAACGCAGGUCACCCCCGUUUACUGCUACAGACGCAACGUCAGCACAAUCUACAUCGCUGUACCAGUGGGCACGGUGGUGAGGGAGCGGGGGAGACUAUGGCAGACAUCUCCCAGCAUAGCCAGGGGUACGUGGCUGUGUUUGGAGUGGCUGGGGGGGAAAGAGGAACUGCGCUUCCUGUCCAAUGAGAACCGUGCCCCAAUGACGGCCACCCCGGGAGAGAGAGGCCAGGAGAGUUGUCCUCCAGCUGGAGCUGCGUACCAUGGCCCAUGGCUGGACUGGUUGGGUUUCCUAAUGCAGGGAAGUCUUCUCUUCUAUGGACCAUCUCCAAUGCCAGGCCUGCUGUGGCUGCCUACUCCUUCACAACCCUCAACCCCCACGUGGGAAUUGUUAAGUACAGGGACCAUGAGCAAGUGGCAGGGCAGCAUGUGAGGAGAACGGACAAUGAGAGUGAGAAGUGGGCCAGAGUUCUCUGGGACUACCUUUGUCUGCACCAAUCUCUGGAAAAGAGUGAUGUCAUAAUAGGCCUGGGUUGCCAUGACGUGCGUGUGGCGGAGAGGUCAGCUGAUCUCUUCCUGGAAGGAUUGGCUCCUAGGCUGCUUUUCACUGGUUACUUAGGCAACCAGACUGCAGGUGUGUGGACGAGGCCAGAGGCUGACGUGUUCUUGGAUGCUGCUCUGAGGGUGGGAGUGCCCAGGGGGAACAUACUGCUGGAGACAGAGGCCACCAACACUGGAGAGAACAUCUGCUUCUCCUACAGGCUGCUUAAGGAGAAUAACAUCCCAGCCCACAGGGUGAUCCUGGUCCAGCGGCCCUUUAUGGAGCGCAGGGUUUUCGCUAGCUUCCUGCGCCAGUGGCAUGACCAGGAGGAACACACGCAUGCCAUCGUCAUCUCCUCCCAGAUGGGAAUCUCUGCCUACCCCCACCCCAAUGUGGGCACUGCCACAGACCUCAUCACGUGCAUGCUAGGUGUUCUAGAGAGGAUCCGUGACAACCCACAGAAAGGCUUCCAGGUGGAACAGAAGAUCACACCCAGGAUUCUCUCUGCCUACCAAUGGCUCCUGCAAGCUGGCUACAUUCCCAAGUGAAUGCACAACACACACGCCCAUGCAUGAAUGCCUGCACACACUUCCACGCACUCACACUUGUCUCUACGUUUUGCUAUGUUGAUGCUGCUGAUAAGUCGGGAUGGUUGGGAAUUGAACAUUAAAUCACAGUAAACGUAUAUUUUGGAAAGAUGUUUGUUUCAUUGAAACCGUGACUUGAGAUGCAUGAAAAUAUACCACAGAACUCUGCAUUACUACGUAAGUAAAAACAAAAUGAAUGUAAAACAAUUACCUUUAUUUAGAUACCAAAAAACACUUAUAGAAUAUACAUUCAAAGCCAACACCAAUACAAACAAAUAAAUCAACCAGACUUCAGCGCAAACCUUUCAACCCAAGCUUUCAUUGGUAAUCCAAGCAUGCCCCCCAUGUAUAUAGAUGGGGCUGUUGUGGAACAGGUUGAGGGCUUCAAGUUCCUCGGAGUCCACAUCACUAAGGAACUAUCAUGGUCCACACACAUCAACACAGCCGUGAAGAGGGCCGACAACGCCUCUUCCUCCUCAGGAGGCUGAAAAGAUUUGGCAUGGCAUAGGCU